CAAAGCCAUUGCCAAUGCCAAACAAAUACCAAAUUCAAAUUUUUGAACUGCGACCGUUGAAUUCAGGAUUUUAUUUGUAAUAAAUAUUUUUAUUCUUGAAACUUGAAAGAUUAAAUCAUUGAAUCCUCACCAAUUUAAAAUAUGUUAGAUCGUAAUAAAAUGACGCUCGCAAAGAAACAGAUAAAAAUCACAAAGUUAUUUCGUAAAGGCGCUUCAACCAAGCAACCCGAGGAUUGUGAUGAGCUGCAGCAAGAGGUACACGCUCUGGAACAGAGAUUACGAGAAAAACAGAAUGAACUCUUUCAAAUUCAAAGAAACAACUGUAGAAGAAAAGCUUCACCACCUAAACAGAAAGAGGCGGCUUUUGUAAAACCACAGAAAAUAGUCUUAACUGCUUCAGUAGAGACAUUAAAGAGAAACAUAGAGCUAAUGGCAAUGCUAACCGGUGUGGAAGUGCAGUCAUAUGUGGUGGACGACUACUGCUGCGUGCUGUACCACAUGCAGCAUUCAACUGGCUCAUUGCUUACACAUGGUCUGAGGAUUGAUAUGCAUUCUGAGGGCAACAAAGUGUCCAAGUCAACCCUACCACUAGGCUUCAACCUGAAGGCAGUGAUGGGCGAGUUCAGUAACAUCAUGACGCCCAAGUGUCUGGGCGCGGUGCGGAAGGCUUUAGUGGCGUACUACGACAGACUCGAGCAAUAUGAAGCUCUCAAGAAACUCCUGAAUAUAGAAGCAAACCUGUUCAAGUUGCUGGAUGGCUCUCACAUAGAGAUCUCAUUCUUUGCUCAGAGCCACACGCAGGAGGAGGAUGAGCACAUCCAAGUCACAUUGAUCCUAGACUACAGAGUCUAUGAUAUUCGGCCUAAGACAUAUUGCUUCAAGGAAAACGAACUGCCAGAGGAUGUAUCGGAAGUACUGAGGCAGCAGUGUGCAGUGUUCAAGAAGAAACCGCUGCGCAAAGCUUUCAAGCAGGCGUUCAUGGAAGAUGUUGGGCCCUACAGACUUGUUCAGCAACUUGGUCCAAGGAGUGAAGAGCAACAGCAAAAGCGUCCAAAGCGGUUCCGACCCAACAAGAACAAUUACAACAAUGAUGACACCUUCCUACCAGAGGACUGCAGUGACCAAAGCGAAGAUGAACAACUUAGCGAAUGAUUACACCUUUUACCGUUCAUGUCUCGUAUAGAAGCGUACUUUGACAUUGCUCACUCUUAGCCCUAAUUCGCACGAGCGUUA